AUGUGGGGGGUGGCAGUGAGGGCGGAGGUGGUGGUGGACCUAUGCCUCACCCUGCAGGAGGCCCUGGCCAGCGAGCUGGCCGCGCGCAUGACCGCCAUGAACAACGCCACCGACAACGCCAGCGAGCUCAAGAAGGUUCUCACCGUGAAGUACAACAAGCAGAGGCAGAGCAAGAUCACGCAGGAGAUCUCUGAGAUCGUUGCGGGCGCCAACGCCACCUCGUAA